AUGUCCCGAAGAUAUGAUUGGGGAUAUGCCAGUAACAAUGGACCAGAACAUUGGCCUGAGUUUUUUCGGACAGCAAAAGGAGAGCGCCAAUCCCCCAUCGAACUCCAUACCAGAUAUAUAAAACAAGAUAGUUCUUUGCGUCCCUGGACUACCACCUACCACCCAUCAACAUCACUGACAAUCGUAAAUGACGGAACCACCUGUAGGGUGGUAUUUGAUGACUCAACUGAUAAGUCAGUUUUAAAAGAUGGUCCAUUAAAUGGAGCCUACAGACUACGACAACUGCAGUUUCACUGGGGCUCCUCUGAUGAAUAUGGGUCUGAGCAUGUUGUGGAUGGGUUGAGAUAUGCUGGAGAGAUUCACUUUAUUCAUUGGAAUUCAAAGUAUGACAAUAUUACAGAAGCUAAGAAAAAUCCAGAUGGUGUAGCUAUUAUAGCAGUAUUUUUAAAGAUUGGGAAAGCGAAACCGCCCUUGAAGCCUAUUCUGGAAGCAUUGGAUUGCAUAAAGACUAAGGGAAAGAAAGCUCAUUUUACGGACUUUGACCCUACAAUUUUGUUUCCGACAUCCCGGGAUUACUGGACAUACCAAGGUUCCUUUACAACCCCACCAUGUGAAGAAUGUGUGACUUGGUUGCUACUGAGAGAGCCUAUUACAGUGAGCUCUGAGCAGAUGGAAAAAUUCCGUAACCUCUAUUCGAGCUCAGAAGGAGAAAUCGCCUGUCAAAUGGUAGAUAAUUAUCGUCCUCCGCAACCUCUGAAAGGAAGAGAAGUCAGAGCUUCAUUUGAUUAAACUCAACAGAAAAAGCACAAAGUUUUUACAAAGUUUUAUUAUUUAUAGAUAAGCAUGGUUCUGUUACUGUGUGGUGUAGGUUUGCUGCUUUUGAUCAUAAGUCUGUAUUUACAUUGAAUACAUUUGUCACCAAAACAUUUCACAGUUUACUAUGAUGUGCACAAGCAUCAGUUAUAGAAAAAUUUUAAUAUUAUUUUAACAUACAGUAGGUGUUCUCACCACUCUUAUGUUUUUUCUGCUUAUCUACCAAACUUUGGGGUCGAUUUAUCAAGCUCCGUACAGAGCUUUAUGUCCCUGUUUCUGCGCGAGCCUUCAGGCUCACCAGAAACAGAAGUUAUGAAGCAGCGGUCUAAAGACCAGUGCUCAAUAACUGAUCCGCUGCCUCUGAGGCCGUGGACAGAGAUCAGCCAGAUCGAAUACGAUCGGGCUGAUUGAUACCUCCUGCUAGCGGCCGAUUGGCAGCGAAUCUGCAGGAGGCGACAUUGCACAAGGAGCUCACAAUAACUGCUGGUGCAAUGAUAAAUGCCGACAGCGUAUGCUGUCAGCAUUUAUCGAUGUGCAGCGGACAUGAUUCGCUACAUCGUAUCAUGUCCGCUCGCACUAUCAUAAAUCUACCCCUUUAUGUAUACAAUAUUCCGCUCUCCACUGGUUGACACAAUACCAAUAUAGUAAUGCAUGCCUUUAUGUUGAACACACAUUAGAAUAAUGUUGCCCAUAAAUGAAUAAAUCUCUUUCAUCAUCAAGUUGUUACAUUUUUACAACAUACAUUGUGGAUGCACUGCAUGUGUAAGUGCACAUUUGCAUGUAAGACUACCAUUAAAAAUCAUGAAUACAGAAACAUA